AUGUCGUCUCUCAGUGCUUCAUUUGUGCAAAUUAAAUUUGAUGACUUGCAGUUCUUUGAAAGCUGUGGCGGAGGGAGUUUUGGGAGUGUUUAUCGAGCCCGAUGGAUAUCACAGGACAAAGAGGUGGCUGUAAAGAAGCUGCUCAAAAUAGAGAAAGAGGCAGAAAUACUCAGUGUGCUCAGUCACAAAAACGUCAUUCAGUUCUAUGGAGCCAUUAUAGAACCUCCUAACUAUGGCAUAGUUACAGAAUAUGCUUCUGUUGGCUCAUUGUAUGAUUACAUUAAUAGCAACAGAAGUGAAGAUAUGGAUAUGGAGCAUAUGAUGACCUGGGCAACUGACAUAGCUAAAGGAAUGCACUAUUUGCAUAUGGAGGCUCCGGUCAAAGUAAUUCACAGAGAUCUGAAGUCUAGAAAUGUUGUUAUAGCUGCUGAUGGAGUAUUAAAGAUCUGUGAUUUUGGUGCUUCAAGGUUUCACCACCAUACGACACACAUGUCCUUGGUGGGUACCUUCCCUUGGAUGGCUCCAGAAGUUAUCCAGAGUCUCCCAGUGUCUGAAACAUGUGACACGUAUUCAUACGGUGUGGUUCUCUGGGAGAUGCUAACAAGGGAGGUCCCCUUUAAAGGCUUGGAAGGAUUACAAGUAGCUUGGCUUGUAGUGGAAAAAAACGAGAGAUUAACCAUUCCAAGCAGUUGUCCCAGAAGUUUUGCAGAACUGAUGCAUCAGUGUUGGGAAGCUGAUUCAAAGAAAAGGCCAUCUUUCAAGCAGAUCAUUUCAAUUCUGGAAUCCAUGUCCAAUGACAGUAACCUUCCAGACCAGUGUAACUCAUUCCUGCAUAACAAGGCAGAGUGGAGAUGUGAAAUUGAAGCAACCUUAGAGAGGCUGAAGAAACUGGAGCGUGAUCUGAGCUUUAAAGAGCAAGAGCUCAAGGAACGGGAGAGACGUUUGAAAGUAUGGGAGCAGAAGUUAACAGAACAGUCCAAUACUCCUUUGCUGCCUUCCUUUGAUAUUUGCGCGUGGACCGAAGAAGAUGUGUACUUUUGGCUGCACCAGCUUGUUGGAAAAGGUGAUGCUUCUGGUGAGAUGAAUGUUUAUGCCAACUUGUUUAAGGAAAAUCAUAUCACUGGGAAACGGUUGCUUCUUAUAGAAGAAGAAGAUUUAAAGGAUAUGGGAAUUCUUUCCAAAGGACAUAUCAUUCAUUUAAAGACUGCUAUUGAGAAGUUAACUCAUGAUUACCUAAACAUGUUUCAUUUCCCACCAUUAAUUAAGGAUUCUGCAAGUGGAAAUGAAGAAAACAUGGAGAAAGUAGUGAACCUGGAACUUGUUUUUGGUUAUCACUUGAAACUGGGAAAUGGUCCACAGGACUGUAAAUGGAAAAUGUAUAUGGAGAUGGACGGGGAUGAAAUUGCAAUAACCUACAUAAAAGAUGUGACAUUCAACACUAACCUACCUGAUGUAGAGAUUUUAAAAAUGACAAAGCCACCAUUUGUAAUGGAGAAAUGGAUUGUGGGAAUAGCAAAAGAUCAGAAUGUAGAAUGUAUUAUUACAUAUGAGGGUGAUGUUAGAGCUCCAAAAACCACCAGACACAUACAUGCAGUUAAAUGGAGUAAACUGAAAGCUCAGGAUGAGGUGAAGUCAGUACAGCUCAUGAUCCAGACCUCCCUCCCAAACUCGGAAGGCAGGCCAGGAAGCAGGUCCAACUCAAGUAUAGAUGUUGAAUGGAUGCACACUCUAAGAAUGCGUCAAAUGGAAAAAAGCACUUCACACCAGCAUUCCCAUCCCCACAGUCCUAAUAGUGUGACACAAUUUUUACCAUAUCUUCACAACCAAGACUCCUAUGCUGCUGCUCUAAGACGGACACGAAUUCCUAUUAGCUAUCAGAUUACACCGAUAAAUCAUUCCAGAAGUUCAUCUCCAACCCCAUAUGGACUGAUGAGAACUCUAUCGUCACUACAUCUUAAUUCAAAGGGAAGUAGUACCUCUAGUGCAGCUUCUGAUAGCCCUUCAGAAAGGGACAGAUCGGCAGGCAAAAGCAGGAACAGUUAUAUCAGUGACUCUGGACUCUCCAUAAAUGGAAGAUAUAGUGGAAAAAGCCCACAGACUGCUUCUGCAACACCUAGACGCUCUGGAAAAAUGUACAGUUCUUCCCAGUCAACAUUCAACCCAUCAAAGUCAUAUGACCACAAAAAGCACACACACUAUCCCCAUCAACCAAAGUCCAUACCAGGUAUGCCUUUGAAAACAGAAGGCAAACCUAAAGAAAAUGAUGAAGAGACCAAAGUUAAUGAAGGUGGAUGGAUAAAGGUAGAGUAUUCAAAGAAAUCUCAUAGACAGAGCACAGGCAAGUCAACUAAAGAGAGACCAAAGGGAACUUGGCGGAGCCGGAGAAUGUUUUGA